CCUCCUUCCCGGUCCCCUCCCUCGCUCGCUCGCCGCCAGCCCCGGCUCGCUCCCUGCCCACUCCCGGGGGGGACGUUCCGUGCCGCGGCCGCCGCUUCUUUCACACUUUAGUUGGGAGCCGCGCGCCGCGCUCAGUUACUGGAGAGAGCUGGCCGCGCGCCGCCGCCUCCAGCACGCACGCAGCCGGGCCGUGCUUCGGGGGCUUCGGGGCUCUUACCCCCGGCCUCUGGGAGGAGGGGGAGACCGGGACUCACCGUGGGGAGGAGGAGGAAGACGAGGAGGGAGGAAGAAAACCCGCCAGGAGGACCGGGGCGGGGGGCGGGAGGCUUGCCACCUUCAGCCCCCCCGCGAGCGCCCAAGGUGCACCCAUCUUGACCAACUCAGCAAGAAGGUGGAUUUUCCCUGUGUCUAAAGAAAAAAAACAUGUCCCCGUGUCUGUAGAGAUGAUUUGCAGUUCAGCCCGGCUGAAGCUGACCGAAUGAGACUAUGGGCUGUGCCUCCGCCAAGCAUGUUGCCACUGUUCAAAAUGAAGAGGAAGCCCAGAAAGGGAAGAACUACCAGAAUGGAGAUGUGUUUGGCGAUGAGUAUAGGAUCAAACCGGUGGAAGAGGUCAAAUACAUGAAAAAUGGGGCAGAAGAGGAGCAGAAAAUAGCAGCCAGGAACCAAGAAAACUUGGAAAAAAGUGCCAGUUCAAAUGUAAGACUUAAAACUAAUAAAGAGAUCCCAGGAUUAGUUCAUCAACCCAGAGCAAACAUGCACAUCUCUGAAAGCCAACAAGAAUUCUUCAGAAUGCUGGAUGAAAAAAUUGAAAAGGGUCGAGAUUAUUGUUCGGAAGAAGAAGAUAUCACAUAGCACCAAUCCUACCAGUCAAACCGGGAGCUACUACUGUGUAAAUAGGUUACACCCCAGUUGAAAUCUUUGCAAAGGUUGGUUCUCUUCGGCGAACAGCACUAUAGCAAAAGAAGAUCGUUCCAUAUCGUAUGCCCCAUUAAAUUACAGUGUUUCUUAAUGAACUUGCAAAGGAAUAUUGCUAAAAACAAACAAAAACUGUUAUCGAACUUUCUUUGUUGCUGCUAGUUAAAACUUGUUGCAACUUUUCACUUCUCUCAGUGUCCAGGUCUGCAGCAAAAUUCUGCAAUUUCACCUUAAAGAUACUGUUGGUUUUACAGAUGCUCUCCAACCUAUUUUCUAAAAGAUGAGGUAGUGGUGAACUCAGAUGUCCAACUUCUAUUCUAGACUGGUUCCGCUUCUAAGACAAGCGCCUCCUUCCCCCUCCCUCCUCCCUGCCUCCCCCAGCAGUCCAGAGCCUUGCUUCUCACUGGCAGUGUUGCGCUUUGGAGAUGGGAUGGUUGCUAUGGCAAGCCUAGUUUCUCUGCUAAGAAGAAGUAGAGACGCUAUUAUCAAUUCCAAGCAUGUCGUGACAUGACUCCUGGAAGUGACAUAGGAGCGAGCAGCAGGUGGUUUCAUUUCCUGGGUCUCUUAAUCAAAGAUCAAGCUUGCAACAUCAGUUUUGCUCAGAUGCAGACGGAAGUGUGAUCACAAUCAUUUUGAAUCCCUCUUGCCCACUUUUUUUUCUAAGAAAAUAAACAUUUUACUGUUUUUAUGUAUCCUUGUCUUCUCCCAUUCAUCCAGCUCAGUGUUUCAUGAUGAUCCUGGGUGCGGAAGCUGAGUCCUCCUAGCAAUGGCACCUUCAUGGCUCCCUACCAUCCCAUGUACAACCCACCACGCAAGCUCAGUGCUGGCAGUGGUCAGAGGUGAUGAGGGGGACACCCCACAGCUUGUUAGGAGGGCCUGAAACCACCCCGUUACCUUUCACUUUGUCAGCAAAUAAACCACCCUACUUCCUAAUCCUCUCCCUUCAAGAUGUCACGUGAGCCUUGCCACUUCCAUUCUCUCGUUGGCAGCACUGGAUGGUGCUGUGAAAAGCGUUUGCCGCCUGGAAAAUGUAGUAUUCCAUUGACACUGGUGAUGAUUUCCAGAGAUGCGAAAGCCAAAGCCCCGGGCCGUAGUGGGGAACGUGAACUGUGGGUUUGGUAGAGUUUAUUUUUCCAUAUUCUAUGAAGAGAAUGAUCUCUUCUCAAAGACAGAAGUAAUAUUUUUAACAUAUGUUGUCACAAGUAAAUAGCAAUCAAAAGGAGAAAAUAACUUUUGUAUUUUUUUAACACAUCCAACAGCUUUGACGAGAGUUCUCUUCGUUACUUUUGGGGGAGGGCACCCUGUUCAAUGCCACGCCAGCAGUCCAGGAUUGGAUUUGUUCCACACACACACACACACACACACACACACACAAAUAAAACACAGGAAAAGCACUGUAUGUUUCUCUUUGUGGGGUUAUGAACACAAAAGGCCUCACUAUCAGCCACUCUACUGCCCUCCGAAGGUGGGUAGUUAAUACGUUCUAGGUGGUCAAGAGGUUACCUGCCACCGAAUAGACUAGGAAGCUUAGUGUAGUCUUGCUGCGAAGACGAGCCUUGACUUGAAAAUCCAUCCAUAUAGCUGAUGGCACCACUAAUGUGUCCGGGGAGAAAUUCCUUCUCUCCUUUUGGACCCAGCAGCACACCCCAAACAUGAGGGGAAGGAAACUCAGUCAGGCACUAGAGAAAACGGACUCAAACGUUAGCAACAAAAGCCCUUCCUUCUUUCAGCCGGCAGCGGCAGCUAUUUUGGGGAGCAGCUGUGGUUGUUACAUAAACAGAGACGCAGCCAAAAUUUCAUGCUCUUUAUCCUGCUUCAAGCAGAAAAAAAUGCAGGGAGAGUUCAAGUCGCCUAGGGUUUUACAUCCCCUCCCUUUGUAUGGUUUUUUUGGCCAAGUGACUAAAAUAGUUUUCCUCAACUGUAAACGGACUGCUGAGCCCCACCUCAGACUUGUGCCCCACCUCAGACUUGUUCACUGUUCCAGGAAUGACCUUUUCCCGAGAUCCCUUGCUCUUAUCAAGCAAGAAUGAAGCAGACACUGAACACCUUCCAUGUGGUGUCUCAGAUAGCGUCUUCCCAGAAAACCACCACCUUCAACCGAGAUAAAACAUGCUCACAUCGUUUUUCUUACGGUCAUGUUUAACAUUUUGACAUGAUACACAUACACAGAACCACAUGUCCCUUGGAAUCUGAUUUUUGAGGGUUUCAAGUGUCGUUUCUGUGAACCAGUGGCUUUUCACCUGGGUUCUGUCCUCUGGGUUUAACACUGGCUACCUCGCUGAUGUGCAAAAGUCAUUUCACCUGCAGACACGCGUGGUACACUUAGACCUGAGAAACGGGGUGGCCGAGCCGGUUGGCACGAAAUGCUUGAUUAUGUUAGCAACACUCAAAACUGUCUGUUUUCCAUUUGUCGGUUUUAAUCAUAAAAUUGUCAAGUGA